CGGAGCGGGAGCCCGGAGGACGAAGGCGGCGGCCGUUGCUCCUGCCCUCUCGGGCUGUCCAGCCCUCCGAGACCGCCGGCCCGCGGAGCCUCGUCCCCCCGGGAAGUCCCGGGCCCCUGCCCUAUGUCCCGCAAGGCGAGCGAGAAUGUGGAGUACACGCUGCGGAGCCUGAGCAGCCUCAUGGGCGAGAGGCGCAGGAAGCAGCAGGAGCCGGACGCGGCGAGCGCGGCCGGGGAGCGCAGCCUCCUGGCGGCCGCCGAGUCGAGCGCCAGCCUGCAGGGCGCGGGCGCGGGCGGCGGCGGCGGCGUCGGGGACCUGGAGUACGUGGUGGCCGUCUUCUCGGCGCUGGGCGGCUUCCUGUUCGGCUAUGACACCGGCGUGGUGUCGGGGGCCAUGCUGCUGCUCAAGCGGCAGCUCAGCCUGGACGCGCUGUGGCAGGAGCUGCUCGUGUCCAGCACGGUGGGGGCGGCCGCCGUCUCGGCGCUGGCCGGCGGGGCCCUCAACGGCGUCUUCGGCCGCCGCGCCGCCAUCCUGCUGGCCAGUGCCCUCUUCACGGCUGGUUCCGCGGUGCUGGCCGCGGCGAACAACAAGGAGACGCUGCUAGCCGGCCGCUUGGUCGUGGGGCUCGGCAUCGGCAUUGCCUCCAUGACAGUGCCAGUGUACAUCGCUGAAGUCUCACCGCCCAAUUUAAGAGGUCGAUUAGUCACCAUUAACACUCUCUUCAUCACUGGAGGCCAGUUCUUUGCAAGUGUUGUGGAUGGAGCCUUCAGUUAUCUCCAAAAGGAUGGAUGGAGGUACAUGUUGGGGCUUGCAGCAAUUCCAGCAGCUAUACAGUUUUUUGGCUUUCUCUUUUUACCUGAAAGCCCUCGAUGGCUGAUUCAGAAAGGACAGACUCAGAAGGCCCGUAGAAUCUUAUCUCAGAUGCGUGGUAACCAGACCAUUGAUGAGGAAUAUGAUAGCAUCAAAAACAACAUUGAAGAAGAAGAAAAAGAGGUUGGCUCAGCUGGACCUGUGAUCUGCAGAAUGCUGAGUUAUCCCCCAACUCGCCGAGCUUUAAUUGUGGGUUGUGGUCUGCAAAUGUUCCAACAGCUCUCAGGCAUUAACACCAUCAUGUACUACAGUGCAACCAUUCUGCAGAUGUCUGGUGUUGAAGAUGAUAGACUUGCGAUAUGGCUGGCUUCAGUUACAGCCUUCACAAAUUUCAUUUUCACACUCGUGGGAGUCUGGCUUGUUGAGAAAGUGGGCCGCAGGAAGCUUACCUUUGGGAGCUUAGCAGGUACCACUGUGGCACUCAUUAUUCUUGCCUUGGGAUUUCUGCUAUCAGCACAGGUUUCCCCACGCAUCACGUUUAAACCAGUAGCUCCAUCAGGACAGAACACUACUUGCACAAGAUACAGUUACUGUAAUGAAUGUAUGUUGGAUCCAGACUGUGGUUUUUGCUACAAGAUGAACAGAUCAACUGUCAUUGACUCUUCCUGUGUUCCAGUUAAUAAAGCAUCGACAAAUGAGGCAGCAUGGGGCAGGUGUGAGAAUGAAACCAAAUUCAAAACGGAAGAAGUAUUUUGGGCUUACAAUUUCUGCCCUACGCCAUACUCCUGGACUGCACUUCUGGGCCUUAUUUUAUAUCUUGUUUUCUUCGCACCUGGAAUGGGACCAAUGCCUUGGACGGUGAAUUCCGAAAUAUAUCCCCUUUGGGCAAGAAGUACAGGAAAUGCAUGUUCAUCUGGAAUAAAUUGGAUGUUCAACGUUUUGGUUUCACUGACAUUUUUACACACAGCAGAGUACCUCACAUAUUAUGGAGCCUUCUUCCUCUAUGCUGGAUUCGCUGCUGUGGGACUCCUUUUCAUCUAUGGCUGUCUUCCUGAGACCAAAGGGAAAAAAUUAGAGGAAAUUGAAUCACUCUUUGACAACAGGUUAUGUACAUGUGGCGCUUCAGAUUCUGAUGAAGGGAGAUAUAUUGAAUAUAUUCGGGUGAAGGGAAGUAACUAUCAUCUUUCUGACAACGAUGCUUCUGAUGUGGAAUAAUUUUCAGCUGCUGAAAUAUUUAGGUAUUUAAACAAACUUGGGGAACAAAAGCAGCAAUUGGUGACCUCACUGCCCUGCUUUUAAUCUGGUUCUUUCCAGUCUAGUUUUGAAUGACCUCAUAUUCUAGAAUAUUUGAUUAGGAGGAAGAUACAACCAUGAUGACAUUUUUUUUUUCACAAGCAGAAAUGUGAAACAAUAUUUAGAGAUUUUAAAUUAAUAAUUAUUGAACAAAUGUAUGUAAAUCCUUCCUGAGAUAGUCUAAAAUGAAUACUGUAUCCAGUGACUUCAGUGGUAUCCUUUUUUCCUAAGACCAUAUAUAAUUAUUAGUGGCAAUAGAGUCAGUGCUAAACUAGCUGAAUCGUAUAUGUAUGAUACACUUAUGAAGAAGGAUUCUGGGAUAUGAUCCAAGGAUGUUUUCUGUCAAAACAUGGCCUGUUGGCCCUAAAUUUCCCUAAGGACAAGUAGCUUAUCUGUGAUCAACUAUUAGAAAGUAAAUUCCAUUUAAGCUUUCAGCAGAUUCAAAAGUGCCUCCACAGAGGCAUGGUUGUCCUUAUCUCCUUUGGAUUCCACAUUUUGGUCUCUCUCUCCAAGUCAGAUCUUGAGAGCUCUUGAGAAACUGACGCUGCACAGGACCUUUGGAACAUUAUGAAAAGCAGGUCUUUAAGGGUUUAUUUUCAUAUGUAUUUUUUUGCAUCAGUGAUAAGUAUACAUUUGCACAGAUAAGCUGGCAAGUUUUGAUAAGUAUAUUUUAUUGCUAGAAAGUAAGAAAGAAAAAAUUUUUAUGGAUCCCUGAUUGAGUUAGUCACUUAAGUAUGCACCUAUAAACGCAAAACAGUGCCGUGUCUUCAAGUGUAUUUCAGGGUUUCUGUUCAUGCCAAAAUCACCUGAUACUCACCACGCCUUCACUCAUCGACUCUAGAGCCCUACUAUUUGUGCCUUCAUUUUUGUUCUAAAUAGCUGCUAGCAGACUAUUUUCCCCUUUUAAUCAAAUAAUUUCUGAAACAAAAAAGAAAGGAAGAAAAUCAGUGACAGAGAAUGCUGCUGUUAUGUUGAUGUUUAAGUAAAUAGUGGGACUUAAGUUUUCCUUAACUGUUUAUUAAUUCUUCAUAAGGGAAUCAUGACAUUUCAUUACUUAAUAGUACUUGUCUUUUUUUACUUUAAGAGCACAAAUUUGUUUUUAUUUUGCACACCCUUUUCUCAUUUUCCCUGACAGUUUACCAAAAAAGAAAAGAUACAUAAAUUUGUCUGUGGGUGUUUCCUUUUUCUCAUACUUGGCUUGGAUUUUUUUCCUUGUCUAAAAAUUGAGAUUUUCUAUUGGAACAGAUCGAUGUUUCUAAUAUAGCAUACGUUUCUUCAGUGUCUUUGCCAAGUGUUCAUUGGUUGUUAUGCUCAUUCAUCAAUGAUCCCUGUUUUUUGUUCUUAAGAACUUCACCGGAUAUACAAAAUUACUUGCUACUUCCAGUGAAAAUAUGAAUGAAUCUUAAGUUUGAUGCAUUUUAAUAUGGCUCUAAACAUCUAAUGAGGCACUCUUUGGACUGAAAAGAUAGCUAUCUCUAAAUUCAUUGUUUCUGCCAGUCUCCCAAAGGUGUUUUGCUCUUCGCUGGAAGUCUGGCUUAUUCCUGUCACCAUUAUCAAAACUGAAAAUGUAGCCAAGGAGGUUUAUUCUCUUAGCCACCAGGGGUAUGAUAAGUGUGCUUUUAAAAUGUCACUUUACUGGCCUAAAAAUCCUUCAGCCAAAAAAAAAAAAAAAAAAGCUCCCUUUGAUCAUUUCAUACAAUAAAAAAAUUUAUUUUAGAGAGUUUUUUUCCCUGAAUUAGGUGCUUUGACAAUUGAUUUCUAAGGGGAUACUAGUAUUGAUUUUUCCCCCAGAAAAGCAGAUGUGAUUUAAUAGAAAAAGUUAUUCAUAUUUCUUAUCCCAUAAGAAAUUUCUUAUCUGUGUAAUACUUCACACAGGGAAAGUGAAAUGGAAAAUGAGCUAUUAUGUGGCAAAAUCAGAAUAUGGGGAGAAAAAGCAUUUGGACCAAUAAAUGUAUUUUUCUGAUUUAUCCAAAUAAUUGCCUCAAUUCUUCUCUUUAUUGUAUACAUAGCCUUAAUUAUAUGCUUAUAUACUCAGCUGGGCUGAAUGCACAGUAACCUUAUUAAAGGAGCGACUGGACUUUUAGUAUCUCCUAAUGCAGAACAUGGCCUGUUCUCCCUGAUGUGAGCAAAUGGCACUUUGAACUUUAUAUCCAUAAAUGCACAUAAAAACAGGGAAAAUUAGCCACAGUCCUCCUCCCCUCGUCUCCUCAAACUCUCCUUUAAAGAACUAUUUGUUAUUUAUAUAGUGAUAAAGACAGUAUUCCAUAUCUUGGAAGUAUAAGACAGAAUGGCAUAGUAUAAAGAUUAUUUAUAAUUUUUUUAAAAACAACUACUUAAAAAGAAACCUUAUACAACUAGCGUGUUGUUUUUAGAUUCAGUGAACAUUUAUAGUAUGUUAAAAAUUAAGUAUUUGAACUUUUCAGGUUUUUUUAUAUUAUGUACCUUUUAAGUUCCUAGCAUCUUUGGCUACCACUAUCAACUUGAAAACAUUAUGUUUGAAAUAUCAUCAAAUAUAUAUAUUUUUAGGACAAUUUAUAUGUGGUAUGAUUUGACCUACCAUAUUAAAACAGACUGAGCAUCAUGCUUUUAACUGAAAUUAUAGGUGUCCUUCUAAGCAUGCUGCAAAUUCAAUAGACAUGUAUUAUGUUUCAGGAAUACAUUGCAGAGCAAGUCAUAACUCCUAGUUGAGGCUUAGCUUGGUGGCUGAGGAGAUCUGCUCUAAGGAGAAUAGAACCCUCCAUCUGCACCUGAACACAGGGCUGAACGUGAAGUCAGAUAAAUUGUAAAGAUCUGGCAUUAAUAAUUUUCUUCAAUACAAACAUUCUUAAUAAUUUUGACUGUCGCACCCAAAUUACCCAAAACAUGAUUUUUAAUGUAUUUGUAAAAGAUCCAAAUGAAAACUAAAUUUUAAAGGUAAUAUUUUCAUUUGAAAUUUUGUUCCCAGCCAUAUGCAGUAAUUAGUUCCCUGAUGGAAAAUACUAUGAUGGUAAUGGCUAUCAUCAAGUGCUUUUUCAUAAUAAUAUUUUACCACUGAACUACAUUUUCAUGUAGAAGAUUCUAAAUAUUAUUUUUUAGGUUAUUCACCCUAAAAUGAGAAUUCCACUAAAGAAUUUAGAAGUUGUUUACUAUAGUUUCAAAAUCCAUUAUCCAGAGGGAGAAUGAACAGGAAAAAUGUAACUGACAACCUACGCUUUUGCUUUUUAUUGGAAAGUAAAAUUGGUAUGUAUUACAAUCCUAGAUCCUUGGUGGAGACUAUUCUACAAAAUACUAUCCAUGUGUUCUCUAAGAAAGUCUCACAACUUAAUGACACUAACCGUUUACAAGUACUGUAAUACAGUAAGGAGGAGUGGAAGGAUUGUUUUAUCUCAUCAGCAUAGUUCAGAACAAUAAAAUUAUUGAGAUGUUUUGUAAUAAUCAGAUUUUUUUUAACCAUUCUCCUGGUUAUAAAGUCUCAAAUUACACUAGCACCUAACAACCUACAUUUACACAGUUGUUGCAACAAGUUUUCAAGUACCAAAUUUAGAUCUUUUCCUAACUACAAAUGAAAAAAAAAAAUAUCAGGCCACUAGCAAAGAAUUCAUAACAACGUGCUUU